AUGCGUGUUUUUUUGGAGAAAAUUGAUGUUGCAUAUGUUCUUGAUGAUAUUGUUGAAUCUGUUGAUGGAGAUGAUUUGUCUGAAAAUGAUGUUAAAUUUGCUAAAGAUGAUAGAACCUCUAAGGGCAUGUUGUUGCAUUACAUGUCAAAUAAUUUGUUGGAUAUUUAUAUGAGUUUUUAUCAUGCUAGGGAUAUUUGGGAUGAUUUAGAGAAAAAAUAUGGGACUGAUGAUGCUAGUACUAAACGUUAUUGUGUUAGUAAGUGGUUGAGUUUUCAAGUUGUUGAUGAUAAGCCUAUUAUUGAUCAGAUUCAUGCUUAUGAGAAUGUGUAUAUUAAUAUGGCUGCUGAAGAGGAGCUUGUAGGACACCUCAAAAUUGAGGAGGAAAAUCGUAUCAAAGACAAAGGCCCUUCUAUUUUUCCUUCCUCUUCUUCUGCCAAAUCCAAUCUUGUUGAACCCAAACACAACAACCAGUCCAAAGCCAAUAACAGUUCCCUUAAGCCUAAAGGGAAGGUUCAGAAGUACAAGUUUAAGGGUACCUGUUUUGAGUGUGGUUUUACUGGUCAAAAGGCUAAGGAUUGCAGGGUCACGAAGAAGAAUAAGAAUGGGCAAAGUCAAGAAAAUCUUAUUGAGGAUUAUAACGUUAUUGUUGCUGUUAUUUCAUAA